AUGGCCUGGGGAAAGCCUGGAACCGGCGUGGUGAAGUCGUACACCGUGGAGUGGUCAACCAUGGAGCAGACGACAGCCAAGGCCGCGGAGCGAGUGAGGGACGAGCGGGUUCCCGAGGAGGACGAGGAGGAGGACGAGAACCCCGUGUGCCCGCUCUGCAUUGAAGAGCUCGACGCCACGGAGAUCCAAUUCCGGCCAUGUCCCUGCGGCUACCGCGUGUGUCUGUUCUGUUACGAGCGAAUCAAGCUCGAGCUCAAAGGCAUAUGUCCCAGCUGCCGCUCGACCUACGGCGACCCGCAAAUGGCGGCGCCACCGCAGCCAACCGCAUCGGUUGCGUCAUCGGGUAAACGGAGGGGGUCUAUCUCUCGCAACGGCGACAGCAAGGUGUCCGAGCAGGGAGCGUCGAUCGCGGGAGCGUCGCUGGGAGUGUCUAUUCUGGGAGCUGGCGAUCAUCGCUGCCAUUCGCGAGUGUCGCCCGCUCCGCCAAUACUCGCGUCGUCGGAAUUCCCGACUCUGUCGUCGUCGCCUCCUCUUUCAGCUGCAGCCCCUCCAUCGUCGUUUCCGCCGCUCCUACCGCUCGACCCGCCUCAGCAGCCCGCUUCGCAGAGCCACGUGGCUUCGAGUCACGCGACGCAGAGCCGCGCAGCUGCGGCUGCUGCGGGCGUGCGGCGUUUACCGUCCGACGCCCAUGGCGCGCCGAGCGUUGAAACCACCGCUGCGUCGUGGCCCGCGCUUAAGGCAGAGCCAGCGACGGCUGGUCCAUCUGUGUCCGCCGUAUCGAGUCAGGCUCAAACGGGGAAGUCUGCGGGUAGAGACGCACGGAAGGAGUCGGGCGAGGAGAAGGGGAAGGAAGCGGGGAAAGCGGCCGAGGGUGCCAAGGCCGCGACGGUCGCUUCUGGGGGUUCUGCGGCGACGGGUAGGAAGCAGCAGCCUCCGCAAGCCUUAGCGGGUGCCGCGGCGGAUGUCGCGGUAUCGAGUUCCGCGUCGUCCGCCGCCGUUCGUUCUUCCGCCAAGCCGUCGACUCGCACUCUCGCGGAAAUGCUGCUCAACAGCCCCGGCCGCGCCGACCUCGGUGCUUCCGCCGCGCAAGCAGCCGCAGCGGAAACAGGUGUGGCGGAAACACGCGUAUUGCAGCAGAACGGAGCAGGGGAGAGCAGCCGAGUUGCGGCACCGAUCUCCGAACCUGCCAGUUCCGGUGUGCCGAAACCAUCCAGCUCCGUUCCGUCUCUUCAGAGGAUUCGGGACGCCGUGUCGCCGCACAGCACCGAUUCAUCCAUCCCGCUCGCCGCUGCCGGCCCCCACGGCAGCAUCUCCUCGCCAUCCUUCUCCACGUGGCUCUCGCCGCACUCCACCUCCUCCGCCGCUACCCUCUCCAAACCCGUCCUAUCCACCGCUAACGGGGUGGCUUGUAACGGGAUUGUUGUUCCGGGCUGGGCGUCGUCCGGCGGGAGCGGGCUGGAGCGGCUGCAGCAGCUGCACGUGCUGCAGCGGCAGCUGCAGCAGGCUUUCGUGGGCGUGGGAUGGUCGACGGACGAGAUGCAGCGCGCCAGUGAGAUCGUCGCCGCGGCGAAGCAGUCUCAGAGCCGCUUCUCGGGUGCCGCAGCAGCAUCAGCAGCUGCAGCAGCAGCAGCGGUGGCGCCCACUACUGCCCCAUCCAAACCUGUGACCCCGCCUCCUGGCUUCCGCCCUCCCGCUCCCCCUGGCUUCGCGCCCCUGACCCCGCCUCCUGGGUUCGGCCCGUCCGCGGGCGCCAAGAAAGCGGACGCGGGCGCGGGUGCGGGCGCGCUAGUACAGGCGGAUGUGCAGGCGCAGGCCGCCGCCGCAGCAGCAGUGCGGGCUGGAUCGGGGCUAGGGUUUUCCGGACAAUCGGUGGAGUCAGUGGGAGCAGCAUGGGGGUGGGGGGCCUCGGGCACACUUGCCGCCUCCUCCUCUGCCUCGUUUGGCUCGCCGCUGCUGACCCCUGGCUACUCCAGCGCUUCAGCCUACACCACCACCAGUGCAGCAGGCUAUACCGGUGCCGCAGGGUAUUUCUCAGGGUAUACCAGUGCUGGAGGGGUGUCGGGGCGGAGUGGGUCUGAGGUGGGGGCGGCGAGAGGGACGUGGGGUGGAGGGGACGCGGAUGCUGCUGUGGCUGCUAUUGCAAGCAUCUGGGGGCAGGAGAAUGGCCUGCAGUCCUUCUCAGGAGGGUCCAUGUCCAUCCCCAUGUCCACGCCGCUCUCUCUCCUCGGGGCUUCCAUCUGGAGCAACGGCUCCAUGCAGCCCUCUCAGCCGUCUCAGCACCCCAGCGUUUCCCAGCACUCUGGCAUGUGGGGUUCCUCGCCGCUUGCUCGCUCCCCCUCGCCCCAGCCUGCAGCAGCUCUCGCCUCUGCUGCCCUGCUCUCGCAGGGUGGAGGGAGUGGGGCAAGGGGGGCUUGUGCGCCGCUCUUCCCUCAUGGGAUAUCGUCGCUCAAAUCGCUGCUGCAAGAGUCCAGGGACCGAGCUACCGACGUGGAUGCGGCUCUAAGUGACAUCAAGGCGUUGCUUACCAACCCUUCCAGCAAGAGGACAGACACACAAGCCGGUGCUCACCUCAACCAGCGGUGCAUCCUGGCCGUUGAUCGUGGAAGCAUCAACGCCUCCCUGCUGGCCGACACAUCGUCUCCGGAUUAUCUGGAAGACAACGCCAAGCACCUGCCGUCGUGGCUCUCCUCCCAGCUGAUCAACCAGUUGUACGCGCAACGCCACGGCUACACUUUCUACUCGAUAGAAGCCAUCACGCCCAUGCUCAUAAGCGAAGGCAUCGACCCCAACACCAUCAACAGGCCCCCGUCCCCCUCCUCCUCCUUCCCCCAGAUCACCCUUAUCAAUCGUCAGCUGGCGUGCUGCUGUCGCUGGGUGCUAGCCCUGGUGGACGGCGCCUACGUGCGCCUGGAGCAGCACAGCGUGCCCGUGGAGCACUGGCUCGCACGCCUCGCCACACAGACACACUUUCAAAAGGCCGAUCGGGAUGGGGUGUAUGGGCUGGCGGGCAAGGCGGGGACUCUGUUUCAUGAGAGCGUUCCGUUUGUGGGCAACGCUGCGGUACUGCUCACACACAGUGGCGACACUUUCAAGUUCCUGUCCCUAUGGCAGGCCAAGUCGGCAGCACUGGGGUGGGAUUUCACGGGCCUGCAGGCGGCAGUGAGGGAGUUUGCCGCCCAGAUUGCCAUCGUGCCGCACCUGGAGAUGGGCGGCUUGCAUAGUCGUGCCAUCCGGUAUGCCUUUUUUGGAAGCAACCAGGAAGAUGCUGAGAAGGUUCUUGCAACGGCUUUGCUGGCUGCGGUGAAAUUUCACCAGGCAUGGAAGGACAGCAACGGUGAUGCUGUGUGA